AUGGCGGCCAACACGAACAGAUACUCGACGUACACGACCGCGUCGACGGGUUCCGACUCCAGAAAUGGCGAAAAGGAGAAGAAGGAGCUCUGGAGCUCCAUGCUGGACUCCGUUGCCAGCGCCAAACGUCUCCCCGAAAAGAACAUCCUGCUCCUCGGUGGUAGUGUUGACUCCCAGCGCGAGUUCUUCGAAUCCCUUUCUAGGAACGAGCUCCGGCGCAACACCGACCGCCAGGGCUCACGCAAACCACCCAUCGCAAACAGCUUCGCCCUCGGAUACACGUAUUACGACGUCCUAGAUGCCGACCAGGAAGACACCCUAGCGCGCAUCUCUCUCUACACCCUUACCGACCCCUCGCCCGCAUUUGCCUCCCUUAUACAGCCUCUUAUCACGCCGCAGUCGAUACCGAAUACGCUGAUAGUUAUCCUGCUGGACUGGUCACAGCCUUGGAAAUGGAUGCGCCAACUGAGAGAGUGGAUUUUGCUGUUACGAACCGUCUUUCAGAAACUCAACCGCGAAUGCUCGGCAACUAUGGAAGAGGUCAUGACCGUUUGGAGGGAACGAGGUCGAGGUGGAGGGCUCAACUUGGAUGGUACCAGUGCUGUCCCGACCACGUCUGCGGAUGCUGAUGUUUCCCUUCCGGUUGGUCCUGGAGAGUGGGAGGAUGCCUUGGCUAACGUGAUGAUCCAGGCCGAGAAGAUGGACCAUUUGGAGAAGACUCAAGGCUGGAAAGAAGAGGAGUUUGACGUGGUGCUACAGUUCCUCCGAACGAUCCUCUUACGGCUGCACUCCAGCCUGGGCAUUCAUUCUCUGCUCAAGAAGCAGCCACUCAAACACAACGUCAUCGACAGAGAUAAGAUUCUCGUACCCCCGAACUGGGACUCUUGGGGUAAAAUCCGUGUGCUCAGGGAAGGAUUUGAUGUCGAGGCGGUCAGCUCCGGAUGGACAGCGGAUCUAAGCAUACCGUGGCCAAGGCAACCCCAACGCGUCGCCAAUGGUGACGAUCAACAACAAGGCGAGACAAACGACAACGAGACUGGUGAUGAAGAGCAAGAACUUGACGAGGAUGAGUACGAAGAGCCAACAGAGCCCGAUGGAUCCUCUGUCGCAUUGUACGAGGCUUCUGUACAAGAUCCAACCAUGGACGCGCUCCAUAUUGCCGGUUCGAGCAGUCACUCGACCAAGUUGGAAGUGCAGACAACAGAGACACAACAGUUCCUGGAAAAGCAGCUGAAGUUGUUAGAUGUAUACAAGCAAAAGAACGAGGAGCCAACCGGCCAUCUGGCCAGGAUAAAGAGCGCCAGGAAAACGACGUCGGACUCGUUGACGGCGGAGGACGACCACCUCAAACAGCAAGCCGAGGCCAAGGUCUUGGAGCAUAUUGGCCCGGUGCAGUUCAACAUGGGAGGCAUUCAGGUGGAUGCCGACGACAUGCUCCAGCGACUUAAGGAACGCCAAGCCUUCGGCACCUCGCCCGAACCUCUUAGCCCCGAGGACGAGACUGUGGAGGAGACUCCCCAGAUGGAUACCGAGAACCUGCAAGCAUUCUUCACUGGCCUUAUGAACAGGAGCCGGCAGUCAUGA